UUUUGCGUACCUUUCUUUAUUAUUUAUCAUAAUAAUAUAUAAAAAAAACCUAGUGAGAGUUAAAUGAAUCAUACAACAAAACACAUUCGGUAAUUUAAAAAAACGUCAUAAUUGAUGGUAUGGUGCUUUGACACCAACAUUUGUCAAAUGGGCAUGAUACAGUUAUUUGGCUAGGAGACAUUAUCUGAAAUUGCUCGUAAUAUUUUAAAAGAACAUGAACAACUUAGGAUUUUUCGUUGAUAAGGUCUCGGAGGAUUCCUUUUAUCAAAACUUAUUAAUUGGUCUACCAAAUGUCUUAGAUAGACUGCCAAACAUACACGAGAAAAAACUGAAAAGGUUCCCACCAGUGACAAAAUCGCAAGUGAAAAUGUGGGAAAACGCAAACAGCGUCAAUUUACCACAAGAUCUUCACGAUUUCUACCUGUCCUGCAACGGACUAUCAUACACUUAUACUUUCUCUUAUGAACCUACCAAUAGGGACGAUCAGAAGUCGAAUGAAUUAUAUGCAAAAAUCAAUAUUAACCCUAUCGAAUCUCUCAAUUUGUUUGACGGUUAUGAAACUAAGGCUACUGCAAGGAUUUUCCAUGAUGGGAUCUUUUAUAAAUUGGAGCUGAGCCCAGAUAGUAAAGUAUUCGAGUUAUCUAAUGAUGUAUAUUUCAAAGUGGCACUUGUCUAUACUGAACCAAAUGCUGUGCCAACGGUAUGGGUCUAUAAGAAUAGAAUAUUUUAUUUUAUUGCUAAUGAUGUAACAACAUAUUUAAAGAUGGCCAUUGCACAUUUGGGGGCACCUGGUUGGCAGUUUAUUUUUUCUCCACUCGCACUACCAGGAAGAAGUAGAGAAAUGCUGAAUGUAAUAGCUCCGGGUAUCCUCAACAGAAACUAUGAUUCCGUUCUAUCAGGCAACAAUGUUACAGAAUUAAACAAAAUUAAUAUCAACAUUUUCAAUGCUACAGAUGAAGAAAUUGAUGAAACUAAAAAAUGUAAUGAGACAUUAUUGAACAAAAAAUUUAGUGCGAAUACUAUUGGUCGUAAAUCCAGUAAUGCAACUAUUGGAAAAAAAUCUAGUUCAACAACAAUAGGUAGGAAGGCAAGUUCUGUUGUGUCAUCUAAUUCUGAGAAAUUAAAAAGAAGAACAUGUUCGAAACGAAGACCAUUUACUCCUAGGUUUUAAGAGGUUUAUCAUUUGCAAUUAUCACUCAGAUGUAUAAUAUUCAGGGUACUAGAGGAAAAAUUAUUUCAGGUGAACUGUAAAUGAUUUACAUAAUUCAAGUUUCUAUACGCAACUAGCAUAAAUUUGCAUUAUUUUUCGAUGAAUAUGCGUAGGUUUAUUGAAAUAUGUUAGUAAUUCAAGAACCAUUUACUUUAAAAGGAGUGUUUGAAUAAAAUUCUGGAAUAAAAACUAA